UUCGGAGGCGGCCUGUGUGGGCCCUCGGCCCGUCUCCCUGCCCACCGGCUCUGCCUCCUGGGCGACACCUCUCGCCCACCGUGAGGCGAGGACCUCCGGGAUUCCUAGAGAAGACUCGGAAGUGCCCUUGGGGGUGGGGUUUGUGGCGAAAGCUAGGAUUUGCUUACUUCCGGCGAGGAAGUGUUGCGAACUGUUGGCUUUGGUUUUUUUUUUCUCUCGAUUUAUAAGAAAAAAAUAAAUAAAAAUAAUAAAACAAGUUGUCAGCCUUGGCUGCGGGGAGCUUGUAAUUGCAGGAGAACUCCCAGGGCCUUGAGAGGAGGGCUUGGGGCUUUGCGUCCGUCCGGAGGCGGGGCCUCUCCCUCACCUUGAACGGCCUGUCUCCCUGGGCUAUUUCGGGGUCACAGAAAAUUCCGCAGAGUUCGGGUGUCAAUGUGUCCCGGAAGCCUUGCUUCUCUUCGGGACGAAUGAGGCCUCCCUUGGGUCUGUCAAGCCUCGGUGGCUUGAAGGACAGGGCCGGUUAUUACCAUUCUGAUGUCACCCCUGUGCUGAUCUGAAGCUUGGCUUAGGAUAGUGAGAGGGAGCGAGUACACGUGGACUUCUGGUCCCGUGAGCUCUGUGAAACGGGACGUUUUACAUCUCAAACUGUUCAGUUGGGCGUGAUGCCACAUUGACGUGGCUCUCCGCUACAUGUUUUUUUUUAAAAAAAUGUUGAAGAUCCUCGUAAUGGAUCACUGUUUUCUGAGUGGCUCGAGGGCUGUUUUGUACUCCGCAUCUCUCGGUGAAUCACCUUGUAGGACGGACCUCUUCGCCAUCUCUGUUUGCUAGUGAUGGUUCCUGGUAUGUCAGUAGGUUGUAUGCUUGUGAAGAUCGUCAGCAGCAGAAGACAGAUUGGGGCAGAGGGCCGCAGCCAGCCCCGGGAGUUGGAAUGAUCAUGACAGAACCGCAGGGAGUGAUAGACUUAGACACUCCGGCCGAGACUUCCCGGGAGCAGCAAGACCUCCUGAUAGUGAAGGUGGAGGAAGAAGACUGCACCUGGAUGCAGGAGUGCAGCCCGCCAGCCUCGGAGACUUUUUACCAGCGCUUCAGGCACUUCCGGUACCAGGAGGCCUCGGGACCUCGGGAGGCGCUGAGUCAGCUCCGCGUGCUCUGCUGCGAGUGGCUGAGGCCCGAGCUGCACACCAAGGAGCAGAUCCUGGAGCUGCUGGUGCUGGAGCAGUUCCUGACCAUCCUGCCCGAGGAGUUCCAGGCCUGGGUGCGGGAGCAUCACCCUGAGAGCGGAGAAGAGGCGGUGGCAGUGGUGGAAAGUAUACAGAGAGAACUGGAGCAGCAGCGACAGCAGAUUGUUGCGUGUCCUGAAGUGCUUCCCCAGAAGAUGGUGCCACCUGAAGCAGUGCAGGAGUCCUUUAGUUCCCAGCUCCAGUCCACCGACAGCCCGCCUGAACAAGAGCCACAGAAGCCACAUCUUCUGAAGGAAAAUGGUUAUGAGUCCAGGGACAACAAUAUGGAGCUCAUGGUAAAGCAGAUUCCUGAGGAAGCCGAAUCGCAUUGGAUGAAUCCAGGAAACACUGAAAGGAAUGUUCCUCAGAGUCAAGGGUUUGCAGAAGUUGGUGACCUUAAGGGCGUGGUCCAGAGGUGGCAGGUGAACUCCGCUGUGGGGAAAUCAGGGCAAAAAAAAGAUCUUAGCACUGGAAAAGACCUUAACCGGAAGGAGAACUUAAGCAAUGAGAGAGGUCACAAAUGUCUGGAUUGUGGCAAAUUUUUUCUUCAAGCCUCGAACUUCAUUCAGCAUCGGCGAAUUCACACUGGAGAAAAACCAUUUACAUGUGGUGAAUGUGGGAAGAGCUAUAACCAGCGUGUGCACCUGACUCAACACCAGAGAGUCCACACUGGUGAGAAACCCUAUAAAUGUCAGGUGUGUGGAAAGGCCUUCCGGGUGAGCUCCCAUCUUGUGCAGCAUCACAGUGUCCACAGCGGAGAGAGACCCUAUGGGUGUAAUGAAUGUGGCAAGAACUUUGGUCGCCAUUCACACCUGAUUGAACAUCUGAAACGCCACUUCAGGGAGAAAUCCGCAAGAUGUAGUGACAAAAGAAAUAAGAAUCCAAGAUUGAAUGUUAAGAAAAUGUCAGAAUUUUCAGAAGCAGAAAUGGAGCUAUCAGGAAAAAUCGAAAGAAACAUUUCUCAAGUUGAAGAUUUUGGAGAUGGCUAUGACCACCAAGACAAAGUGGAUAGAAAACCAGGAAUUCCUAUGAAAGACAUACUUGCACAACCCUCUUCAAAGAGGGUGAAUUGCAGUGAAAUCACAUAUGUUCAUAAAAAAUCUUCCACUGGAGAGAGACCACAUAAAUGUAAUAUAUGUGGAAAGAGCUUUAUUCAGAGUGCACAUCUUAUUCAACAUCAACGAAUCCACACUGGGGAGAAACCAUUUAGGUGUGAUGAAUGUGGCAAAAGCUAUAAUCAGCGUGUACACCUUACUCAACAUCAGCGAGUCCACACUGGUGAAAAGCCCUACACCUGUCAUCUCUGUGGUAAAGCCUUUAGAGUGAGAUCCCAUCUUGUUCAGCAUCAGAGUGUGCACAGUGGAGAGAGACCCUUUAAGUGUAAUGAAUGUGGGAAAGGUUUUGGAAGACGUUCACACCUCGCUGGACAUCUGAGGCUCCACUCUAGGGAGAAAUCUCAUCAGUGCAAUGAAUGUGGAGAGGUCUUUUUUCAGUAUGUUAGCCUGAUUGAGCAUCAGGUACUCCACAUGGGUCAGAAAAGUGAGAAAAAUGGCAUUUGUGAGGAAGCAUCUAGUUGGAACUUGACUGUGAUUGAAGAUAAGAAGAUUGAGUUACAAGAGCAACCCUAUAAAUGUGAUAUAUGUGGAAAAGGCUUUGGGUAUAGUUCAGACCUUAUUCAGCAUUACAGAACUCAUACUGUAGAGAAACCCUAUAAAUGUGAUAUAUGUAGAGAAAAUGGCCAGUGUUCCCAUAAAAAGCAACAUCCAAAAAUUUGUUCCAGCACGAAAUCCCAUCAAUGUGAUGAAUGUGGAAGAGGGUUCACUCUGAAGUCACAUCUUCAUCAACAUCAGAGAAUCCAUACUGGAGAGAAGCCCUAUCAAUGUAAAGAAUGUGGGAUGAGUUUUAGUUGGAGUUGUAGCCUCUUUAAACAUCUGAGAUGCCAUGAGAGAACAGAUUCCAUAAGUGCUGUAAGUGUAUAGGUCUUCCUGUCAUACAGCAGUUCUUAGUUUCAGAGACGCCUUCCCGAAGAGAAGCCUUACUCCUACAAUGAGUGUAACAACUUCAAGUUUCUAAAGUUUGUCAUGCCCACAGAUAUGUCCAAAAUGUAGCCUUUAGGAACAUUGGAGAAUCCACAAGAAGUAGAUACCUAUUUGCUUUUCCAUGCUUUGUUUACCAUCUUCAUGCUUGGGAUUAUAGGCAAAGAGAACAAAUGACUAUUGUGGAUGAAGAAAAGUUUCAGGUGACACUCCUUUAUUUGAAAUUCAGAAAAUUGGUACUGGAAAAAUCCCAUGAAUGCAGUGGAUAGAAGCUUGUUUUGUAGUUUUUGCCUUGACAGCCUAUCUAUUCAGGGAAGAGUGCAGUGAAAAAAGAACUUUAGCAUGAUAGCUGUUUGGGUACCUCAUCUAUAGACCCUUUUUAAAGCAAUGAUUAUCCCAACCACUAGAAUACUCAAUCAUUGUUCCCAUCUGAAUAUUAAACUUGUUGAAAAGAAACUGACAACUUAUCUAUUUUGGCAAAAUUGGAAUCAGAGUGGAUUGUAUGAUGUGUGUUUCUCUUGCCGUAUUCAAUCUGCAACUUCUUGAAACACCCCAUGUUGUUUUGAUUCUAGUAGCAUCAAGGUUAUCUAGUGCAAAGAGUUCUAACUAGUAAACUCAGGAGAAACUGUGCUGCUUAGUCACAUCAGAAGGUCAAGAAAGAGGGGCCCUACCGGAGCAGAGAAUGGGCAAAACUGGACUGCAUUGUAUUUUAUGACCCACAAUAAUGAGGGCAGCUAAGUCCGCAGAAAAAAAUUGGGCCAUCUUGAGUUAAGGGUCAGGCAGUCUGUGAACCGAUUCCCAGGUACCGUGAUAGGCCUGUCUUGCGAAUUGAUGGUGUUCAGUCAGAAUGAGUUUAAAUACACUUUGCAGCUAGCGUUGGAAGUUAAUGUAACAAGGAGCAGACUUGACAUGACCCAAUUAGCCAUACCUUGUGGGAAAGUGUUAAUUUUGAGGGGAAAAGAAGAUGGCAUGUGUCCGACUGUUAGCUUUAACCUGUUGGCUACAGGGUGAAAAUGCUUUUGGAGUCUGCUGAGCACUAUCUGGAUUUUGCCUGAGGUACAAUAAUAAAUGCUCAUUAAAUAUUUAUGUGUGGCACACUGGUGAUCUAUCCAGGCUCCUUUAUCAAGUUAGCACACCAAUCUAUGCCACCCAGCUGCUCCCAUUUCUCCAGACUCCAGUGCAAUUGUCCUUGGACAAUGGGAGCUGCUUCAGCAAGAGUUAUCUGUCCUCCACACUCUCAGCCAAUGCCUGAUACGGA